AUGGGGAGAAAAGGGGAGUGGGGUGAUGGGGUGGUAGAGGGGGAGUGGUGGAAGAGUUGGAACGAAGAAGAAGAUGGAUCGAAGAAUAGAGGAUGGGUUGGGCUGUUUUGGGGGGGGGUUGGAGGGGGAGGGGAGUUCAAAUGGCAUAUGAUGGGGGGGGGGGGGUUUCUGGAUGGCGGUCUGGUCAUUGGGGGGGUACCCAAUGGUUUAUGUUUGUGGUGUUGGUAG